UUGGACUACUGGGCAUAUGUGUACUGUGUUCGUUGAGGGAGAAAAAAAGAUAGCCAAGUCUCCACCUUCCACUGUCUGUACGGGAGGAGACUCUCGGUAAUGAAUACGCACAGUCACCCCUCCCCUGACUCAAACGCUUACGACUGCGCACGGCCGCUCAGGUGAGGCGGGAGUGGGAACGUACCUGGCAUCUGAAAGAAGCAACACAGCAUAUCUAACGCUGCAGGGCGUCACCAGGAGACAUGGCUUUCAGCGAGCUGACCUCCCGAGCUGUGCGUCUCUAUGAUGAGAUGAUCAAAGUGGCAGACCCCCGGACGGAAGACUGGCUGCUGAUGUCAUCCCCACUCCCCCAGUCUAUCAUCAUUGCCGCGUACAUAUUCUUUGUGAUGUCCCUGGGGCCACGCCUCAUGGAGAACCGCAAACCUUUUAACCUCAGACGCGUCCUGAUCCUCUACAACUUCGGCGUGGUCGGCCUGUCGCUUUACAUGUGCUAUGAGUUUGUCAUGUCCGGGUGGGGGACAGGCUACUCUUUCCACUGUGACCUUGUGGACUACUCCCGCUCGCCCCAGGCCAUGAGGAUGGCAGCAACCUGCUGGCUGUACUACUUCUCCAAGUUCAUAGAGAUGCUGGAUACAAUCUUCUUUGUCCUGCGGAAGAAGAACAGCCAGAUCACCUUCCUCCACGUUUACCAUCACUCCAUAAUGCCCUUCACCUGGUGGUUUGGAGUGAGGUUUGCUCCAGGUGGACUGGGCACCUUCCAUGCCCUGCUCAACUGCAUCGUCCACGUGAUCAUGUACACUUACUACGGCCUGUCUGCCCUGGGGCCCUCCUACCAGCGCUUUCUGUGGUGGAAAAAGCACCUGACCUCCAUCCAGCUGAUCCAGUUUGUUCUGGUGACCUCUCACAUCGGCCAGUACUUCUUCAUGAAAGACUGUCCCUACCGGUUCCCCAUCUUCGUCUACAUAAUCGGCCUUUACGGCCUAGUCUUCCUACUCCUCUUCCUCAACUUCUGGUAUCACGCCUACACCAAGGGCCAGAGGCUCCCCAAAGUCCUGCAGAAUGGGAGCGCUGCUCACCGAAGCAAGAAGCAGUAAGGAGGAGGAGUGAGGAGGUGCGGGAAGAGCAGGAGUGAGGAUGGGCAGCCCCUGUGAUUUCUCUUCCCUUUGUCUUGACAAUCUGAAACAGGGCUUCUGAAAAAGCCUGCGUUGUGCCUUCGCAUCUAAGUACUUGAGAUUGUUAUAUAUUCAUGCAUAAGUUCUGAGAAUGUGCCUCUUUACAAAAAAGCUGAGUUAAAACUUUGAAAUUCACUCUGAAUCAGUGAUGUUGAGUUAAAUGUAUUUAAUUCAGUCUGACUCAGUGAUGUUGGGAUGUUAAAUGUCAGGUUAUGGGGAAUCUCUCUGUGUAUUUUGGAUGGGUCCCCCAGAUCUCCAUUACACACUAAUUUCUUCCUCUGGGUGUUUGACUUGGGCGCUUUAUGCGGCUGGAUUCCUGGAACUUAUUCUCUUUGCAUUGAACAUGAGCUGCAUUUUGCUGGCUUAUUUCUAAAGCAUGUAUUUUUUUAUGCUAAAACGUUUUCUUUUAAAUAGCGUAAUAUGUAAACUGAAAACGUUAACUUUGUGAAUAUUAGAUGAUGACUCUGGUUACAGACAUGGGCUCCAUUGACUUUGAAAAAUUCAGUUAACAUUGCCGAAGUGUUCUUCUGUUGUUCUGGAAGGGGCGUGUGAAUGAUUUCUGCCAGCCGUGUCUGACAGACGCAGACAGCCCAAUAUGCACAGGGACACUGGAGAAACACAGUGUGGACAGGACGCUGAACCCAGAUUUUAGGAAGCCUCCUCUGACAUCAUCACUGGUUGCCACAGCAACCUACUCUCCCAAAGGCAGAGCCUUCCUGUUUAUAACAUUAAGGAAAAAAAACCUUGGUUGAAGCUGCUUUUUCAUACUUGUAUUUAUUGAGUUUUCCUUUUUUAAAAACCUGAUCCUCUUUUUUCACAAUGUGUUUUUUAUUCUGAGCCGUGAGAUUGAACUCUGACCAGAAUGAAAACUUGAGCGGAACAGUCUUGUUGUUGAAGGAACCAGGGUGUGACGCUGUACCAGAUGCAGUCACAUUCCCAUGGUGAUUUAGGACAGGAAAUCGAUUCCGCACUGCCUGGCAUUACUGUGGUGUAAAGUUAAAUUCCGUAAACAGUGGUCUCUUGGUUUCUGACUGUCAGUGGAAAGCUGAGGACCGCUCUGUGUCAUGGCUUUAACCAUAACCACUUGUGUGCAGUAAUGACUGUCUUUGAGACAUGAUACCACAUUAAAACCGGAAAAAAUGGAAUAUGUAUAUUUAUAUAUUUAUGUGCCAAAAUAAAUGUUUUUUUCAG